AUGUACUACCUUGACGAGGGGGACUGCGUCGCGCGGGCGGAGAACACGCUGUUCCGAUUCCACUCCUCUCAUUUGCAGCGCGACACAACAUACUUCGACAGCGACAUUGCCAAACUGAAUGCUAGCUCUGGAGGAAGCCCUGUCGGCUCCACUAACGAUAACCCACUCGCGCUCGACGAUGUCCGGGCCCCGGAUUUUGAGAACCUCCUAUGGUUCUUCUACGAGUCCGCGUAUAAGUGGUCCGACCCCGUCGAUGCCACCCUCACACCGAAGUGGGAAUCCAUUUUAGCGCUUGCUGAGAAAUUCAGCAUGCGGUGCGUAGCGAAGGUCGCCUGCCACGCCUUGGACAGUGCAAACGCUCUCGGAGAUGUACGCAAGAUUGCGCUUGCUGUCAAGCAUGGGCUGGGUAAGGAAUGGGUUCUUGAGGAGCUGAAGCACACUGUCUCGCGCGAUGCGCCUCUGACCAGUGACGAGGUAGCCGAGAUCGGGUCCCCGACUCUCGUGGCCUCUCUGGCCGCUGCGCAUGGACUGCUACACCCUCUGCCCCCGGCGAAAGCCCCUGGUUGCGAUCCGCUUGAUCUGGAUGCUCUGGAAUGCCGGGCGUGCAAUGGUCUGAAGACUUGUGAUGGGAGGAAUCACACUUGUCCACCCUUUAAUCUACACACCACGCCCUGUCCUAAGCGAGAUGGACAGCCGCUCCAAGCACCUCUGCCAAAUGUAGAGACCGUCCUCUCGGACGUGGACCUUGGACCAACGCCGAAAGGUACGCUUGUAACUUUCCACGCUGAGGUCUCUGUCUUCUCUGUAGAUCCGUAUAGCUUGAGAAGGGCGUCUGAGGUCUUCGCUGGCAUGAUCAGUAUCCCCAAGUCCAGCGACAGCGCCACGGAAGGCAGCAGUGCGGCUGAGCCUAUCAAUGUCGAUGUCAAGGCGCACCUAUUUCGCGGUUUUGUCUGGUUCAUUUACGAUUCGCCGUACGAAUGGACGCAUGAGGUGGAUCCCACCUCUGCGGACCAGUGGGAGAAUGUGCUUGCUUUUGCGGAUAUCUUCGGCAUGGACGAGAUCGCCCGCGUCGCUGUGUAUGCACUGGACCGCCACUACAGCCUUUCCGAUAUACGGAAGAUAUCUCUGUGUAUCCAGCACGACAUCGGUAUAUCGUGGGCGAUGGAGGCCAUCAAGCGCGUCUGUCUUCGCAAAGAUCCUCUCAGCAAAGCGGAGGCGCGCGCGUUGGGAUUAGACGUGGCAGUCGACAUCGCGGCCGCACGCGAUGCAGCAUUUUUAAAGGCCAGACCUAUCAUUAGUACUGCAGAGAACAUACUCUUCCGUUUCCACUUCUACCACCUUUACCGCGCCACAUCAUUCUUCGAUAAAUACAUCGCCACUCUCGAAUCUCCCGAAGGAGGCUACAGCGACGCCAAGCCGCUCUUACUCGAUAAGGUGAAGGCUCGCGAUUUCGAGCAUCUGCUUUGGUUCUUCUAUGAAUCGGCGUAUAAGUGGUCUGGCAUCGUCGACCAGCUGCCCUCAACUCAAGAAAAAUGGGAGUCGAUUCUACUGCUCGCUGAGCGGUACAAGAUGAGGCAGGUAGCGAAGGUUGCCUGCUAUGCGCUUGGCCGUGCUUCCGCGCUUGGGGACGUACGAAAGAUAGCCCUCUGCGUAAAGCACGACAUGGGCAAGGAGUGGAUUACAGAAGAGUUGAUGCGAGUGAUAUCCCGCGAUGAGCCCAUAUCGGUGGACGAGGCGAGAUACCUGUCUCCGAUGACGAUGGCGGUACUGUGCGCCGCUCGAGAGUCAAUGCGCUACAAGCCCUCCUUGGUCGUCGCUCCCGCGUGCAAGACAUACCAAAAAUGUACGAUUUGCGUCCGGGAGAGCAGGGCAACGUGCAAAAACGGCGUGCACGACUGCUCGUAUACGGGUAGUCAUAUGACGGUGUGCCCAGCGAGAGACCGAUUUACUCUCGCAGCGGAGCUACCAGAGGUCGCUACCAUCGUGCAAGACCUCAACUUGGACGUACCACAGCCAGUGGCGAGCUCUUUGAUCCCCCGCAUACCGCUGAAGGACACGCGAGAUACAUUCUUUAAGGUACAAGAUGACAUUCUCUCUGUUCAUUCGUACCACCUGAAGAAGGCUUCGAAGACCUUUGCUGACAUGUUUGGCCUACCAACCGAUGACGCAUCCAACGAGGGACGCCUUAAGGACAACCCGAUCGUACUCAGCGUCAAAGCCCAGCAAUUCGAACAUUUCAUUUGGUUCCUUUACGAAUCGCCAUACGCGUGGACCUACCAGUCUGACUCCGACUUGACAAAAACGUGGGAAGAUGUCCUCGCUCUUGGGGACAUGUUCAACAUGCCCGAGGUCUGUAGCGUGGCUACGUAUGCGUUAGACCAUAACGGCGAUCUUCCUGAUAUACGGAAGAUAUCCCUCUGUGUUCGGCACAAUAUUCCCGCAUCAUGGGCGCUAGAAGCGAUCAAGCGUAUCUGUCUGCGUCAAGGAGCACUCACUGUGGCGGAAGCCCGCGACAUUGGGCUUGAUAUGACGGCAACCAUCGCUUCGCUUCGCGAGUGGGCGUUUGAGACAACGUAUGGCGGAGGGGUCAGUCCUUCGUACGCUUUCUUGCGCCCCCGAUGUGGACUGACCAGCUUGAUGCUUACAGAUCGGAAUCGCGCCUGCGAACAUGCCGCUUAUGGAGUUCAAGAUUUCAACAGCCAUAAACUCUCUGUUCUGGCAACAGAUCUCGUCUUUCCAUACAACAUGACCUUGAAUGAUAAGCGCGAGGUCGUUGUACCUGUCUUUCCCGCAUGGCCAAUAUGA